AUGUGUCCAGGCUGUAUCUCUGAGGAUAUAGAUUCUAGCUCCAGGCAACCUGAUGCGGUACUGGACCAUCAUUACCCCCAGCUGGACUUGCUCCUGUAUAUCAACGCCUUUCUUGAAGUGAGGAGCCCAAAAGUGGACACAGUGGUUCAGGUUCAGGCUCAGAACUUGGGUCCUGUGUUUGCGCUGUUUGUACCAUUUUAUUCCUCCAUUCCAAGAGUGCAGGUGACACAAGUAUUAGGUCACUUUUCUAUCACAAACAAGACACUGGUCUACAUACUGGGUUUACAGCUCUUAACCUCUGGUUCCUACAUCUGGAUUUUAGCCUUAAGUGGAUUGGUUUCUGGGAUUUGCUACAAUAGCAGUAUAUUAAAAGUUCAUCGCAUUCUUUGUGUACCCAGCUGGGUAGCAAAGAUAUUUUCUUGGACUCUUGAACCAAUCUUCUCAUCUGCGGAACCAACGAAUGAAGUUCGAGUGGGAAUGGGAGCAACAGUUGACAUCCAGAGGCAGCAGAGAAUGGAGUUACUGGAUCGUCAAAUCAUGAUGUCUCAGGUUGCCCAAAUGAGGCGGCAAAGGCAGCAGCAGGGUGGGAUGAUUAACUGGAAUAGACUGUUUCCUCCUUUACGUCAUAGACAUAAUGCGAAUUAUCAAGAUCAUCGCCCUUCUGAACAAGACACACCUCCACCUACUGAGGUCUCUGAAGAGCAGGUUGCACGACUUAUGGAAAUGGGAUUUUCUAGGGGAGAUGCUCUAGAAGCUCUGAGGGCUUCAAAUAAUGACUUAAAUGUAGCCACUAAUUUUCUACUGCAGCACUGAUGGUUUUCUGUGUGAAGGAACUUGAAGGGUUUGUACGUGUCAAAGAGGAUCAAAGCCACCUGCUGGACAGACUCACGAAGGUCAUCCCAGCAAGAGCGUCAGCAAAGAGAAACCGGCUCUGCGUGACUGGUGAUUCAAAGCGAUGUUAACAAAUGACGUGAACUGUUCCCAAGCCUUCAGAUCACUUGGUGGUUUCUAGUCUGGUUAUCCUUUUCAAAGUAACUUUAGUUUCUACUUUUUUCUGGAUAACACCUACAUUUAUUUUUAAAAUAAAGUAGGUGGUUGGUUUUUUUCUUGGAAAUCCUUGUUAGACAUAUUAUCAGACUUAACGACUAGGAAAAGAAGCUCCAGCAACCACAACAACUAGAUUUACCUGUCAAGAAAAAUAGUAUUUUCUUCAUUUACCAGUCUAAUUUCUCUAGCUUAUGUGUUAUGUUACAGUACUUGAUUUUUUACUACAGUAAUAAGAGGUUUGAAGAUCGCUUCAUUUUCAAUUCAGCAAAGGGUUGUGGGACUAUUGUGUCAUUCUUUGGAAAGUUUUAUUAAUGCCUGUAAUAUUUUAUUUCUUGAAUUCCUUUUUAAAUAAAAGUUGUCGUUCAGCACAUAAUACACAGA